AUUUUGAUGCACGAAGAAAUAGAGUUGUUGGAAAGACUUUUAAGAGCUAUUUAUCGACCGAGUAACUUCUACUUUAUACACGUUGAUGCCAAAGCUCCCAAAUCUCUACUGAAAGCUGUGUCUGAUAUAACAAAUUGUUUUGAUAAUGUACAUGUAACUUCCCGUUUAGUGAAGGUAACAUGGGGACAAUAUUCUGUGUUUCAAGCAGAUUUAAAUUGUAUGGACGAUGCAUUGAAAUUCGACUGGAAAUACUUCAUCAAUCUAGCCGGUUCCGAGUUUCCGUUGAAGACAAAUUUGGAACUGGUUACUAUAUUGAAAGCAUUUAACGGUGCUAGCUUAGUCGUAGGAUUUCCUUUCGGGUAA